CUCUCUCUCUCUCUCUCUCUCCCCCCCUCCCCGUGUGCGUUUGUGUUCGCUCUGGUAAACAGCAUCUCCCUCUCCUCGGUUCCCUCUGCUAAACAGCAUCCGUGUGGGUUUUCAACCUCCCUGUGUUCAGCAUUGAAAUAAUUAAAGAGAUGUGUAUCCAUGCGUGUUCACAAGACUCACUUGACCCGUUGCCAAACCGGCCUAACCGCACAGAGGGGUGUCUCUUUUCGGCGUCUCGGCCGUCGCCAGGCGUGUCUGCAGGUGAGAGGGACGCGGCUCUGGUUACCACACGGGGAAAUGACGAAACCCGCUUCCUGAUUCACCAGCCAGCCAGCCUACCUACCUACCGACCUACCUGUCUUCUCGCUCAGCGCCAUCAAAACAAAACACACACACACUAAAACUAAAAGUCCCGGUUUCCAAUAUGAGGACAGCGAUGCGUCUCCUAUGAUUCGGACCACGCACUAUGAAAGGAGGGGAGUGCAAUAGAGGAGGAUACACGGGAGCAGCCUACACCUGUCGAAGACCUACGGCGAAUUCGGAUGGUGCUACAGUCGGAGCAGGGGGGUUAGGGAUCACGCACCAGGACGCCGGCUACAGUAGCAUGAAGACCCAGCUGGUGAGUGCCAUACACCUACAAGAGGUCGAGCUGGACGAUAUAGAGGGGGGCAACGAUCCAGCAGAUGACAAAAGCAAUACAAAUGAGGACCCGACCUACACGGUGGAGGAGGCGGUGGAGACCAUCGGCUUCGGUCGGUUCCACGUCCUGCUCUUCGUCAUCAUGGGCAGCGCCAACAUCGUGGAGGCCAUGGAGAUCAUGCUGCUAGCCGUGGUGUCUCCUGAGAUCCGCUGCGAGUGGCGUCUGGAGGACUGGCAGGUGGCGCUGGUCUCCACGAUGGUGUUCCUGGGGUUCAUGCUGUGCGGGGCCCUGAGCGGCUACGUGGCGGACCGCUACGGGCGAUGGAAGGUGGUCGUGGCGGGGUUCUUCUGGAGCGCCUACUUCUCCUUCCUCACCUCCUACGCUCCGUCCUACGGCUGGUUCAUCUUCCUGCGCAGCCUGGUGGGCUGCGGGGUGGCGGGGGUCUCCCAGGGGUUUGUGUUGAAGACGGAGUUCAUCCCCGCCCGGCACAGAGCCUACCUGCUGCCGCUGGCAACCAUCUUCUGGAUGCUGGGCUCCAUGCUGAUCAUCGUGCUGGGCAUGACGGUGGUGCCCACCUACGGCUGGAGGUGGAUGAUCCGCCUCUCCGUCACCCCCAGCGUCGUGCUCCUCUUCCUGUUCUGGUUCAUCCCAGAGUCGGCUCGCUACAACGUGUCGGCGGGGAACACGCGCGCUGCCAUGGAAACGCUGGAGUGGAUCGCCAGGAUGAACCACGCCACCAUGCCCCCGGGAAGACUGGUGGAGAGCGCACAGACAGAGAGGGGGAGCUGGCGUAUCCUGUUGAGUCCGGCCUUCAGAAGGACGUCUCUGCUGCUGUGGUACACCUGGUUCGUGGCGUCCUUCUCGUACUACGGCUCGGUGCUGAGCAGCUCGGAGCUGCUGGAGAAGAACCUGCUGUGCAUCACGGACGCCGACGCCGAGCACCGGGUGAAGCACCGCCACGAGGAGGGCUCCGUGUGCUACUGCAUCCCCUUCGCCUUCAGCGACUACCAGACCCUGCUCAUCAGCUGCCUGGGGGAGGUCGCACUCGUCCCCCUCAACAUCUGUCUGCUGAAUGUGGUGGGCAGGAAGCUCAGUCUGGCUUUGCUGCAGUUCCUCUCCGCCAUCUUCUUCCUCCUGGUCAACAUCUGCACCACCAUGUUAGGCUUCACAGUGCUGCUCUUCCUGCUCAGGGCUCUGGUGUCCAUGAACUUUAACGUGGUCUACAUUUACACCGCUGAGGUGUACCCGACGGUGGCGCGCUCUCUGGGGAUGGGCUUCUGCACCUCCUUCAGCCGCAUCGGGGGCAUGAUCGCCCCCUUCAUCGCCCAGGUGCUGAUGUCUCGCUCCGUCAUGUACGCCAUGUGCCCGUUCGCCGUGGCCUCCAUCGUCUGCGCCUUGGGGAACUUCCUGUUGCCCAUAGAGACCAAGGGCCGAGCGCUGCUGCAAUCCUCCUGAAGAACACAACGACCCAGACACCGCAAGACACUCCUGUGAAUAAGAGAAAUAUAAGUUGUUUAACGCUGUUUGUUUAAUUGUCAUUAAUAAUUAAUUACAAAAACACACUCCUUUGCCCUUGUCUCUAAUUCAUUAUUCCUUUUUUUUUUUUUUAUAUCCCCUCUGUGGGGAAAUUCACAAAACUUGAAGUAUUAAAAACUACAAUAUAA